AUGACUCCCUCGGUAAUUAAAUAUUUUAAAAAGCGUAGUCCUUCAAAAAAGAAAACGAAUGAAGUUACUGUUUACUUAAUGCCUACUAAUAAUAAAGUUAUAGGUAAAUGUUUAACCGAUAUCAGAAAUCACGGACACUAUAUUCAAUGUGGGACAUCGGAAUCCAAGAAAUUAUGUUCAGAACAAUUUGAUGAAGAGAGCUUGUACAUGAACUGUGGUCUACGCUGUAUAAGUAGACCAGAAUCUUCUGAAAUGCUUCGAUAUUCUCCGUGCAAAGUAAUAUUUGAAAACGAGGCAAUACAAACUCCUAGUAAACUUUCCAUUCCUGCACUUGUCAGUAUCCUGAAACCAGAUUGGUCCUAUGUGGUCACCGACAAAAAGAUCCUAUUUCCUCCGUUCAAGGUGAAGUUUAAGAAAAAGUCCGCAUUCACUCAAUGUGUUAACAAAAAAUGUUUGAAAACUAAACCUCUAGCUCCUUGUAUACGCUUUAAAAGUUGCGGCCUCACUAAUAUGCCGUCAAAAAUAAUAACCAGGUCAUCAAGUGUGACAAUUCGUCGUCCAAGUAAGGUAAAAUUUGAGGAGAAGCUACAAUUAUCUAGAUUCUCACCACGUAAUACGAGUAGACACAGGAAUGACUAUCAAACUUCUGUUAAAAUGAACAAAAUGGAAAAAUCUGAAAUUGUUGGCAACCUUGAGUUAUCCAAUGUGAUUCUAAGUAAGGAAGCUUCGAAAUCAAUUGCCCGUAUAACUGACAAAGAUUGUGAACUAGAAAAAUUGAACGUAAUCAUUGAGAAGAAAGUAUCGAAAGUUAAAUCCUCGGACGGUAUAUUGCAGCAAACAUGUGACGUACCAUCUUCGAAGGAUGACAAUGGGUCUUGUUUGAUUACCUCGGAUUCGUGGCACCAGGAAUCGCAUUCGUUUUGUAAUACGAUAUGUAUAAAUACUUAUUGUGAUGGCAUGUUUGAAGUCGUACGAAACACCAGCUGCUCUGAACCUCAACGCUAUUGUGGAUGUGAUUGUAGUUAUGACCAUAUAAAAGACCGAAAGGAUUGUAAAAAUACUACAUGUGAAUGUAAAACUCAAACAUUUGAAUGUGAUGGUGCCUGUCAAAUUGAAGUUGAAGAAACUUCGACCCCGCCUAAAAAUUUCAUAUGUAAAAUUGAAUUGAAUAAAAGGAUACCCGCGAUUAAUGAUGGCAGUGACUGCUGUAUGCAUAUCAUCGACGUACCUGAUUUGAUCACUGUAGUCGUCCACGACACGUCAUCAUCGAGUAGAUCCGCUGGAUAUGUUGCCAGUUCAUCUUUCUUUACUGAUUAUUCAAUCCUUGAUCGAUCGCGAAGGCUUAAAAUGAGGAGGAUGUUAUUAAAACAACAGGAAUUAACUCUAGUCAAAGUGGAAGAAAUUAAAAAGAAUAAGUCACUUAAGAAGUAUGUUUCCGAUCGGUUUGAACAUCAUCACUAUACCUAUCUCCGAUUUACUCAGAUGACCAUCGACCAAGUAUAA